ACGGCUGGGAGUCCAUUUUGGACGCCGCCUCGGCUGCGAAAGUUCGAAGAACCUGUUGCUCGUAACAGUGGCGGUUCCACCGAGACCAGCCCCUCGCUCGGCGCUCGCUCUCGGCCGGCUGGCCUCUCGAGCGCGGUGACCCGGCUGCCGGGCGGCGAGGGGCAGCUGCGGACGGCGCGAUGCGGCCUCUGGACGCCGACGAGGAGCGGGAGCCCGAGCUGGACUGGGAGAGGGUCCUGAGCCCCGCGCUGCACGCCAUCCGCCAGGACGUCACCGCCCUCGAGCGCGAGCACGUGCGCGCGCACGUGAGAGCCCGCCGGAAGCUAUUGGAGAUCGAGAGCCUGCUGGACGAAAUCAAGAGCGAGGUGGAGGCCUCGGAGGAGAGCGCCCUGGACCCCGCCCGCAGCCCGGGAGCCGAGGCGGAGGAGCGGGUGAUGAAGCUGUGCGAGAAGGUGGAGAAAAAGGCGGUGGAGGCCGCACUGAUGGGGAAGCGGAUCGUGGAACUCCACCAGCAGAUAGACAGCUACGAGUGUUACUGAAGGAAGCGGGAGCAGGUUACCUGUUGCUGGGCUCUGAGGCUGGUAAGGAGGACUGACUGCUUGGAGAGGACGAAACCACGAGGCUGUCUUUCCCUCGCCCCUGUUUUUGUGUCUGCGUUUUCAUCAUGGUAAACGCACCAUCUCCAGUACCAUUCUGGUAGAUGAAUUCAGUAUUAUAUUGUCAUAUGCAGAAUAUGAUCGUAAGGUGUAUUCGGCUUGGAAAAGACAGUUUAGAUACGUUUUAUUUUCUAUUAAAUGCUCUUAUGUUAAAAAAGAAAAAAAAAGAAACAGGACCUAGGUUGGAAGCUGCUUUGUGGUCAUUAUUGUUUUUGUGACUCGUAUUUUUAAAGUUUGCAAGUAUACACUUGUGCUUUGCUAUUUUUUUAUGCUUCCUGGAAUUUGGGGACCCAUGAGAGACUUGAGGUCAGAGUUCUGCAAGAGAGAAGGCGCACCUUGGCUGCAGCUGCUGAAGCAAGACCCCAAACCCAAGUGGAGGGUGUGGAGACCUCUUGGACACGACUGAGGUGGCCCAGAGGACGGCUGGGCGUGGAGGACGGUGGUGAACGAAUUUUGGGACUGUGCAGUCCGUCAGAUCAAAGGAAGGAGGCUGUGUUUUUUUUUUUCUUUUUUUUCAGAACUGUAAUAUUUCUGUGGCACGUUAGUUGGUGCACAUCAUGUAACCCGUCUGGUGAGUAACCUAGGCUAGCGGAUGAGUUCGAGUUACUGUGUGUGUUUGCUGACUUUUUGGUAUAAUACAGUCACGCAUUUCAGGGGUUCUCUGCCAGAAUGCACCUAACCUUGCGGGGUGGGGGUGGGGUUCGGGGAGGAAGGAUGGAGCUGGCGGCCACAGUGGGCCCCGGACUGAUCGCUGGAGGCCCCUUUAGGCGUAGGUGGUUCCCAUCCUGGCCAUCAGACCUCAGGCUUAUGAUGAACUUUAUUUCCCUGGGAGAACAGACGCUGAAAGCCAGUUUCUAGAAUCUUUGUACCAAUGACCAAAGCCAUUGACUUGGCCAGGAAAAAGGUGAGAUAAAUAAAUUUCUUUCAAAAUGGGA